CUUCGUGUCGAGUCGAAUACUUCACAGCUUCCGGCACACAUCGUAAGCGGGUGUGAAUGUGGUGGGUCUUUCAUGACUGAAUAGUGUGAAUUUACCCGCGAUCUGCUUCACCUGCGAGUCUCUGCAGUAAUCAGGAGUGUUUAUUCUCUGUGAAAGAAGAGCGAAUGGGCUUCCGCAAGAAGAACAAGAGUCCGCCUGUGCUGAGCCACGAGUUUGUCAUCCAGAAUCACGCGGAUAUGGUGUCGUGUGUGGCCAUGAUCAUCCUCCUGGGACUCAUGUUUGAGGUGACAGCAAAGUUUGCCAUCAUGUUCAUCACAGUCCAGUAUAAUGUCACACAAAGCUUGGAUACAGAUGCAGAGGACAAGCCUGAACCUGUGAACUACUAUAAGUACGGUCCCAAGGACAUUGCAACUGUGUUCUUUUACCUGCUCAUUGCCAUAAUUCUUCAUGCCCUGAUUCAAGAGUACAUACUCGACAAAAUCAAUCGUCGACUACACUUGUCCAAAACAAAACAUAGCAAGUUCAAUGAGUCAGGACAGCUGGCCACCUUCUACUUGUUCUCCUUUGUCUGGGGCUGCAGCAUCCUCACCAAUGAGGAAUUUGUGACAAAUCCAACUUUUCUUUGGGAAGGUUAUCCUCAUAUUCACAUGGCUUUCCAAGUGAAGUUUUUCUACAUCUGUCAGAUUGCUUACUGGUUCCAUGCUCUUCCUGAACUGUAUUUCCAGAAAGUACGAAAGGAAGAUAUUCCACGUCAACUCUACUAUAUUUGCCUUUAUAUAUUUCACAUCACUGGUGCCUAUGUCCUCAAUCUCCACCGUUUAGGUCUAGUUCUUCUGGUGCCACAUUACCUGGUAGAGCUGCUGUUCCACGCCUCACGACUCUUCUACUUCAGUGAUGAAAACAAGCAGAAAGGGUUCACACUGUGGGCUCUGCUGUUUGUCAUCACUCGCCUCCUGACACUCACUGUUUCUGUUUUGACGUUUGGUUUCGGCCUGUCUCGCACAGAUAAUCAGGGAUUUUCCUUAGCAGAUGGAAACUUUAAUGUGCUCACUGUUAGGAUGACAUGCCUGUCAGCCAUCUGCCUGACCCAAGCCUGGAUGAUGUGGAAAUUCAUAAACUUCCAGCUAAAGAAGUGGAGAGAACAAUCUCAAAUCCAGGCCAGUAAGAAGAAAGCUGUCAGCCCGAAAAGCAGACCCAGCAAGAAGGACUCUCGAGGGGGGUCAGUCAAUGGAGUCAUGAAACCAGAUGACAAGACAUCACCAAGAGCAAGAAAAUCGAAAACCUCGUAAGAGGAAAGAGACCACUUGUGAUGCGAAAUGUGAUGCUCUGUUUCCACUCUGAACUUUAGAAAAUAAACGGACUGAUAAGUGCGAAACAAACCACAAACUAAGGAACUAAGUUGUAUGGCAUGGUUCAGGUUUAAUUUUUCUUAUGUUUUUCCUGUCUGUCUCCUAAAAAAAAAAUGAACUAUAUAUUUAUAAACAUUCAUUAUAUCCAUUUGCUCGUGACUUUUGGCAAGAUUGAGAGGUUUUCUGAAUGCUUUGUGAUGGACAUGAAGAUGGUUGCACUGCGUUACAGUUGCUUAAUCCGUGGGCAUCCUCACUCACUCGUUGAGAUGUGCGAUUUAAGUCCAAUAUCUGCACAAUGGAAAUAUUUCUGUCUGUCUUGCUAAGAAGUUUAUAUGGCCCUGAUCUUAACACAGUUAAACCCUAUUCGACAUAAUUUCUGUGCUUCUUAUGAAACACACUGUGUGGAUAGAAGCAUUUGAGAAGUGUCCUUCAUUAAUUGUUAUCCUUUAGCCCCUAAUUCCUUUUAAGCUACUAUGAAGCUCAGUAAGAAACUCCAAUAUAAAGAGACUGAGGUGGCGAAGGACUGCUGUCACCUGCCACACAACAUGUUUUUAUGUAGCUUUUAAAUGACCUUAGCUGUGUAAUUUUACAUUUAAAUACUGAGAGCAGGAACAACUAAUUUUAGGCUCCUGUUUCAGUGUUUGGCUGGGUGUGAAUAUCGUUAAAGGAGAAUCUUUCUGUAAUUGUUUAUAGCUACAAUAGUUGAGGUAGAGCUGUUUGUAAGGGCUCCCCCUGGAGGCUUGGGCGAUGCAGGCAACUGGUUUGAGGGUGUGGUUUCAGUUUUUGGUGGGUUUUUUAUGGACAGUUGUUUAGGUGGUUGGAUGAUGGCUCCCCCUGCAGGCUUGGAUGACUUUUUUGGAUCUUUCCCCAAGAAGGGUUUACAUUCUAACCCAGGACAAUUAAAGAGCCUAAGUGUUGGUGCCUUGGUGCUUAUCAUGGCUACCAUAUAUGGUUAUCGAUAUAAUCCAUAAUACAUUGGUGGUGAUGAUAUCACUUUUAGUUUCAGUUGUGAUGCUAUUUAAAGACUUCACUAUGAAAUUGUGUAAGUGUGGAUUUUAUCUUAGACGCAAUGAAAGCCAGUCUUGUGGUAAAUGUUUCAAAUGAUUAAAAAAUCGUAAGAGGUUUUUUAGAGCGCGAAAUGUUGCAAUGUGCAGGUAUAUGGAGAGUUUCUGUGAGUUACACAGAAAUGUGUGAAGCCCUGAAGCUCUGUUCUUAUAUGAAGAGUGUUGUAACAUCACUUUUUCAACACUUUGUGGCCUUUUUCCUUCUGUUUGAGUGAUUUGCUCUCUUUUAUCUGUCACCUAAUAACUCUGUGAUAUCCAUGCUUGACUGUGUCUGUCAGCAUGGACGUGUAGUUCAUAUGAAACCAUACGAUUCUUUAAGUGUCCUUAAGGUAACAAGAGUAGAAGUUGUGGUCUUUCUCGGUUUAAGCACUGUUGAGUUCUCUUUGCGUCUGUUAUGUGUUUAUUAGUGUGAGAGAUUUUGAUAUUCUUUAUCUUUGUUUAAAUGCCGUGAACGUGUGCAUGUUGCAAUCUGUGAAAGAGUUGCCUCAUUGAGAGCGUUUAAUGCCUAAUAGAAAUAAAACCAUAGGCCUGGAAACAAAAGUGGUUCUGUUAAACCUUUUUUUUUUUUUUUUUUUUUUUUUUUUUUUUAAACCAAGUGGGUAAGCAAGACACAAACUGCCAGUUCAUUUCAUUUAUUGUGUGAACCCUGUCUUCACACACAUACUAUUGGAUUAUACAGAUUCACAUACACACACUGUGGUGUGUAUCAGUUGCCAAAUUGAUUAUAAGGGACUUGCUGCUCUCUCCCAAUUAUUUUGUCUGUACUACAUAUUAGAAAUCGUACUUGGUUUCGCUUCAUAUAGUUCGGUACAUUUGUAAAAACCAAAAGAGCCCAGACUCAAAGCAGACACAUUCUUGAGCAAAGAUUUUGUAGAAACGUUUGUAUAGUGACCUUGGUGUAACGCUCAGAGGUCAUUCUCAAUUCAGGGUUUUAAAACCGCGAUCUGUAAUUGCUGUUAGUAACCGUAGUGCAUGUUUUGAAAGAACACCGACGCCUCCGUACACCUGUAUGGAUACGCCUCACACAUAUGUAAAGCUUUGUUUGUAAUGCAAAGCUGAUUCUUGAAAUUCAAGUUGGUGCUGGUUCUUGUCUGACAAAUGUUGUCUUUGAGGACAGGACUGAAUAGAGGAGUCAUUUAGGUUUGAUUAAAGUAAUAAAAUCUCCCAUGAUUAAACAGAAGGGAUAUUGAUUAUGUUUCUAUUCCAAACCUCCAACUAACCCCAAAUUCUAACUUUUUUGUUUUUCUUCCUUGUGUGGUUCAGGAUUUGUCUGAGGAAACUUUUGUUUUGUUUGUUUGCAGACUGAUGCUUGGUAAACUAAAGACAAAAAGAAAAUAAUUAAAAGUAAUUCACUACUGAAUAAUUGUCAGAUUUUUAAACUAUUUUUAUAGCUUUGAAAUGUUGAGAGAUGAACAUUAUUUAGAGCAUAUAAAUAUUUUACUGCUUUAUGGGUUCAUUAUUUUUAUACUGUGUGGGAGAAGCUUUCUACCAUUUCAGUGGGACUGCAAAUGAUAAAUACUUUUAGUAACAUUAAAUAUUGUGAAAAGAUUAAAACUUUACUGCCACUA